AGGAAAUCCGCCGCUGCUCCUCACUCACUGUCAGAUUAGAGUUUAAUCCGAGGAGGAGGAUACGCUGUCUGCAUCUUGAAAGGAGUCGCGCUGUUUUUGCAUACUAAAUAAUCACGAUUCAGCGUCCUGCCGCCGUCAUAUUUUCCUACAAUAACCGACCUGCACUUAGAAGAUGAAACGCCAGUGUUGCGCUGCUGUCUUUGCCUGUCCGCCGAUUUGCCAAUACGUUAAGAUGUUAGCUGGCUAACUAGCUGAAAAAGAGUAACUAAAUCGGAUUAGCUGCUAACAGCAGCCUUCCUCUGGGUGACAUCCACGUAUUAUUUACUGUACUUGACAACUAUUGCACAGCAAACGGUUUCCUGUUUUUAUUUCAACCACAUUUCCACAGUUGUGUCAAAAUUACUACUUUGUGCUUUAAUUAUUCGCUAGCAUUAACGUUGCUGCAAGCUAGCUAGGUUAUUAGCAAGUCAAACCCCAGCAAGGGCUGGACCUCCUCCACUCACUAAUCUUCACUGUUUGUUAGAAAGAGCAAACAUAAAAGUAGUGCCUCUGACCCCGACCGAAAGUCAAGACGGAGGUAACACUUAUCUGUUAGCUUGUCUGCGGGCGAGCUGGACUGAGAGCUGUGCAAGAUUUGAACCCCCAAAUUAGCCUCGAGUCGAAGCGAAGAUGUCAGGAAAGGAAAAAGACAAACAGGAGAAACAGUCCACAACGGAACGGCUGAUAAAAGCUGUGCCAUACCCUCCACAACAUAAGUUGACUAUAAAAGAGCUAUUUGAAGAUGGCAAGCCCAAUGCUGAGUUGCUCCGCACCCAUCUUGUCAAGGAGGGAAGGGUGGAGGAAGAUGUGGCUCUCAGGAUCAUCAAUGAUGGGGCCAACAUUCUCCGUCAAGAGAAGUGCAUGUUGGAGGUGGAGGCACCUAUAACAGUAUGUGGCGAUGUCCAUGGACAGUUUUUUGACCUUAUGAAGUUGUUUGAAGUGGGAGGAUCACCCAGUAACACACGCUAUCUCUUCCUUGGUGACUACGUAGAUCGAGGAUACUUCAGUAUUGAGUGUGUUCUCUACCUCUGGUCGCUCAAGAUCAACCACCCCACCACACUCUUCCUCCUGCGUGGGAACCACGAGUGCCGGCACCUCACAGAGUACUUCACCUUCAAACAGGAAUGUAAAAUUAAAUACUCUGAACGGGUGUAUGAUGCCUGUAUGGAGGCCUUUGACUGCCUGCCCCUCGCUGCCCUACUUAACCAACAGUUCCUGUGUGUACAUGGUGGACUCUCACCGGAAAUCAACUGCCUCGAUGACAUAAGGAAAUUAGACAGGUUUAAAGAGCCUCCAGCAUUUGGGCCAAUGUGCGACCUGAUUUGGGCUGACCCUGGUGAGGACUAUGGCAGUGAAAAGACAUCUGAACACUUCAACCAUAACUCCGUCAGAGGUUGCUCUUACUUUUUCAGUUACUCGGCAGUCUGUGACUUUUUGAUAAAUAAUAACUUGCUGUCAGUAAUAAGAGCCCAUGAAGCACAGGAUGCAGGGUAUCGGAUGUACAGAAAAAGCCAGACCACAGGCUUCCCUUCAUUAAUCACAAUCUUUUCGGCUCCAAAUUACCUAGACGUCUACAACAACAAAGCUGCUGUGUUAAAAUAUGAGAACAACGUGAUGAACAUUAGGCAGUUCAACUGCUCCCCCCACCCUUACUGGUUGCCCAACUUUAUGGAUGUCUUUACAUGGUCUUUGCCUUUUGUUGGAGAGAAAGUGACGGAGAUGCUGGUGAAUGUACUGAACAUUUGCUCUGAUGACGAGCUCAUGUCCGAGGGAGACGAUCUUUAUGAAGGUGGCACCUCAGCGAUGCGUAAGGAGGUGAUCCGGAACAAGAUUCGCGCUGUGGGAAAAAUGGCCCGAGUCUUCUCUGUUCUCAGGGAGGAAAGUGAGAGUGUGUUAACACUCAAAGGCCUGACUCCAACUGGAACUCUUCCGCUGGGAGUGUUGUCAGGGGGAAAGCAGACCUUACAGACUGCUACCAUUGAGGCAGCUAAAGCAAAAGCCAUUCAAGGCUUCUCUCCUACAAGGAAGAUUCGCAACUUUGAGGAAGCGCGUGGCCUGGACAGGAUAAAUGAGAGGAUGCCACCACGCAAAGAUGGCCAGCAGCCAGACGGAACCACCAUCAACACCCCCAACAAGAACGGCACUGAUGGAUAGGCACAGAAACACCACUCUCCCAUCUUCACACAACCCACACCACCUGACCCACAAUCCCCAACUGCUCUCUCAAUAUCUUUCUGUCGUUCUUUCUCUGCCUGCCUCCUCUGUUGAAAUUGCCUGUCCAUCUUCUGCUCGCCUACAGUUGGAGGAGAACGGAAGCAUCAGUGGAUGCAAACAAAAGGAGGCCAUCGUGCUGGGUAAACACGUCCUAGCUGCUAAAAAAAAAAAAAAAAGACAAACAUAAGUUGUGACUAUCUGGGGGAAAAAUGUAAUCUUAUUUAUUAAAGAUGAAAGAUAAUAGUUAUAUUGUCUAAUAGCAACAAAUCAUUAAUUGAAGACGUUUUACAGUUGGUAAAAUGUGUACUGCACACUGAACCUAUACAUGUCAAAAUUAUAAAGAAAAUUUUAUAAAUUUGAGUUGAUACAGAUAGAUGGAGCACUCAUUAUCAAAGACUUUUAAUCACUUUAAGUGUGUUUUUUAAUUGUUCUUCUCCAUGUGUUGGAUAAGGGAAAAGUAGAAAUACUGUAGCCUCAGCAGCCUCAUUUGGAUCUUGCAAGGUUCUUGUUAAAAUAUGUUAGGCACUUGAGGUUCACAUAUAGUGCAGUGUAUUCCUAAACGUACGUCAGUUGAAAGAAAAAAAUAUAUGAGAGGUUGCGACAAUAAUGAGGGAAUGAAACUUAAAAAAUAUCAUUUGAUACUUGAAGCAGAAAUUUCAAAAAGACUUACACUGGUUGGCUGCAACAAUAAAAAACACUGACGGGUAAAGGGAAUAUCUUUGAUCGUCUUGUUAUAAUGGCACCUGACAGAGAGUGAGAUAUUGAAGUUGAUGUUCUGGAAGCAGGAAAAGCAGUGGAAGGAAGGUCUGAUAAAUCACAGUUCCUUUGAACUCACGUGGGCGGCUGGGUGUGUCUUCCUCAGUUACCUGGACAAGAGAUGACAGCAUGGACUAUUGGAAAAAGGCAAGCCAGUGGAAGCCGUGUGAAGUUUUGGACAAUGUUCUGCCAAGACACUGUGGGUCUUGGCACCUAUGUUGAUGUUACUUUGACACCUACCUGAACAGUGUUGGAUAAGACGAAUCUCGUUACAUGCCCUGAUGGCAGUGGCCUCUUUAAACAGGAUAAUGCCUCCUGCCACUCCAAUAACAUUAUUAAGGAAUGGUUUGAGGAGCAUAACAGUGGGUUCAAUGUGUUGACUUGGCCAUCAAAUUCCCCAAAUCUCAAUCCAAUCAAGCAUCUGUUGGAUGUGUAGGAAGAUCACCCUAUGCACCUACAUCUUGGUGCCACCUUCAGAAGUCUGUGAUGUCCAGGUCUUGACAGGUCUGAGGUGUUUUGGUGGCACGAGCUGAGCCUACACAAUAUGAGGCAGGUGGUUUCAGUGUUGCAGCUGAUCAGAGUAUAGUCUUAUUUGUAUGUUUCAAAUAAAUCCCAAAGAUAGACACGAAACCUUUCCUGAUAAACCUUUCCUGUAUUAGUGUGCUGUGAAUGGCACGGUGAAAGAGAAGGAUUAAUGCUUUGUGUGGAGUGAUAGUUGGUGUUGCUGGCUGUUCUGUGCUGAUUAUGACUUGAAGGCAGCUAGGAUGUUCUCUCUCCUGUGAACCAAAAAAGAAGAAAAAGGAAUGGGAUAUCCCUUGGGAGAUACACACACACACACACACACACACACACACACACACACACACACACACACACACACACACACACACACACACACACACACACACACACACACACACACACACACACACACACACACACA